GAUAAAAGGGCCGGUCUUGUUUCUGUCCGUGGUCAUCUCCGGGUUGGGUGAUGAAGCCUGACCCCAUUUUUUUGUGUAGGUCUUGUUUGGAUGAUUGGAAAACUUACCCUGCCGCUCAACUUGUUACUAAAAUGAGACCAAGAUCAAAUGGGGUUUCUAGGAAUCAGAGGGAGCAUAGCUUUGAGGUUGGAGGACCAAAUUGGAUUCUCAUUCCUGGUGGUGCCUUGUUGAGUACUUUGACAAUCCGCCUUGGCUCCAAGCUGAAGCAGACCCUUGAUUCUAGGAGGGAAACACGUGCUAGUAAUGCUAUAAGUUGUUCUUGUUUAUGCAUAUCCAUAUAUGAUAAUUUUUGUCCUUUGCUGUGAACGCUUAACCUUUUAAGUUUCUGCAAUUCAGGAAAUGAGAAAUUGUGUGACAGAAGGAGAUCGCCAGAUUGCCAUAUGCAUCCGAAUAUGUACUCCUAUACACAUGACGAUGAUAUCUGCUUCAAUUCUGCUUCCGGUACAAAGAGCUUUAUUUCAUUUUUCAUUUUAUUGUAUCUGGACUCUGAAUGAAUUAUGAGGAAGUAACCCAAAUCAUUUGUUGCUGCUGCUCAUCAAAUGAUUUGCUACUGUACUCAUGAUAUAUAUCUUUGAGGAAUAUUCCGAAACGCCUUCCUUUUUCUAUUUUGUGGAUCGCUGCUAUGUACUCUAGCCCGUGUGCUUAUUUCAAAUAUUUUCAUUCAGCCUUUGUCUUGUGAUUUGUGUUCGAGGCAGGGAAUGAAGGCAUCGAAGAAGUAAAAUAUCCUCCUAAUGAUCACUCGCUGUCUGAAACUGAUGGUGCACUCCCUUUGGUCACAGUCAAUGCACCAGAAUACUCAAGAGAGAAUGGCAUUAUGUGGGUUUCAUCUCUUGAUCGUCUCGAGUUACCGCCAAAGCCAUUUCACCAUUCAAACUGCUCUGACUCGCCAUGUGUCUGAGUCUGGUUCAGACAUAUUUAGCAAGCGUGAAGUGAUACAAAAACUGAGACAACAACUAAAAAGAAGGGACGACAUGAUAAUUGAGAUGCAGGACCAGAUCAUGGAGUUGCAGAAUUCAAUAAAUUCUCAAAUGGCAAUUUCUACUAGUUUGCAGUCUCAACUUGAUGCUGCUAACAAGGAUCUGUUAGAUUCGGAGAGAGAAAUCCAAAGGUUGAGAAAGGCCAUUGCCGAUCACUGUUUAAAACAUGCAAACGGUGAUGGGAAACCGUCAGUUGUUGCUGCAUGGCCACCUGAGGUAAGAAAUGGGCAUGGAAAUGGGUAUUCGGAUGCUGAAAGCACCUAUGACUUUCCAGAAAAAGGCAGGAUUGAUGGGGAGAAGGUCGAGAUGCUUAAGAGGGAAGUAGGAGAAUUGAAAGAAGUGUUAGAAGGGAAGGAAUACUUGCUGCAGAACUACAAGGAGCAGAAAUCGGAGCUUUCGGUGAAGAUCAAGGAGUUGCAGCAAAGACUGGAUUCCCAGCUCCCUAAUAUUCUAUAGGGGCGUUGUUAGGCCAUGUGAAUUCUUGCUUUCCCCCCGACUUUGAUUGUCACUUCCGGUUUUUGGAGAUUGUUCUUUAUCCAAGAUUUUAGGUUAGAAAUCUAGUGUUUUCUGUGCUCGCAUAAAGUGUGCCAGUUGCGGAUGUGAUUAGCGAGAGGCAAAGCAAGGGUUUGUAAUUGUCCGUUUUGCUUGUCAAUGUCUCUGUUCACUUUUAUAGAAAUAUGAAUGCAAUUUUCCACGAAGCGUGAACCCUGUUGCAUUUUUGGCUUCUUUGUUUACCUGUUUACACUGUUGUCAAUCAUAGAAAUAAGUUCCUUACAUCUUUGUAUGCCAGAGUAACUUGUUUCGGCUCGUCUUCGGAUAAAUUUUAAUCACAAGUCACAACGGAUUUCACUAUCAACAGAUGUGCUCUUUAUCAUGGGCAAUUGGGCAUCUUUGACGAUUGUUUAUCCGACUUUAAAUUUCUAUUAUUUUACUUCAGGCUAUCUUGCACAGACGUUUCCAGGCACCUGUGCUUUGAUUUUAAAUCAAAGAUGACAGGUCUGUUUGCCUAUCUUGUCUUCAAUCCUCUAUGGCUUAUAAUUUAUUCCUCCAAUUUUCUUCUGUUGUCAUUAAAUUGUUGAAAAUUUUGGUACAUGGUUUAAAUUGUAUGCAGUGCAGUAUACUUCUAGUAUGCAACAACAAUUUUGGGAGGACGAAGAAUGACUGUCAAAGGGAGUAUCAAAUGCUGAGAGACUGAACUGGAAUGGAAGUCGGAUAAUCUUCAUUGAUACGAGGGGUUAAUCAAUUAGCUUCAGUUGGCUUAGCCAUGCCAUGAGGGUGAAUUACACAAGGUAUGCUUAAGAAAACACUCAAAUGGCUUCUCUAUUGCACAUGCACACUACUCAUUUUUUUAGUUAUGUUACUUGUGAUAUUAUCCACUGAUUAGAUGUGCUUGGGUGUUGGGAAGAUCAUAAGAUAGAUAGAACUAUUUUCUUUCACUGGUACAACUUUAUGGAGAAGAUACGUUGGUAUUGGUUAUUCUUUGCGUAAUGGGUUCUUUGAAUAGUCAAGUAAUGUUGUAGGUUUCCCCAAUAUGCGAGGGAAAAAAGGUAACAGCCAAGAGUUAGUUUCAUUCAUUCUGUUUUCUCUAUUUUUAUCUUUACUUUUUCUCUUUUGGAGAAGGAGCCCAUUUGGUUCGGACCCUUUGGCUAAUGUGGUGCAAAGUGAAAGGCUUGGUUAAUCGUAGACACUGGCAGUUUCAUCAGUUUGUUUUCUUUUUCUCGGAAGUCCUUUAUCAGUCAGUUCCUUCUGUUGCUUUUUCUUUAUCCUCAAAAAUUUUUUCCUUUACUUCUUCCUUUUUACCUUUUUUGUUGUUGUUGUUGUUUGAGUUUCAUUCCAUCAUUUCGUUCAAGUGUGGAGUAUGGCUGGCUUCAUAGUUGAUACAUAACAGAAGCAUUUGUACAAAUAUUAAAGUCUGCAGAGAAGAGAUACAGCUACCGUACGAUGUUGUAUAUCGAUUCCAAGAUUUGUGGAAAUGAAAUAUGCUAUUUGAU